GAUGCUGAGAAGAAUAGCAGUAACCAUGCAUCAAAGACAGCGAUGGUUUUGAAGCAUUUUAUCCGAAACCUUAGGUGUUCAUCGCUCCGUCGUGUAUAUUUUGCGUUUCUGCUCCGGUGAAAUCACAAGAAAGCUCCUCAGGUGUUUCGCUUUAUUUUAUUUUAUUUUGCUUCGCGUUUGCGACUUCCAGAUGCCGUUAUUUUGACACCCUUUCCUCAAAAGAGAUGACAUGAAGAGGAUAUGUUUGUUGUCACAUGAAUAUUGUGGCACUGUUUCGACAUGGACAUGGAAUGUCAAACAAUGCAAUCGUUGCGCGGUGAGAUUAGACAGAGUACCUGAUAUGUAACCGCAUUUUUCAGAUAAUUUUGUGUUCGUUAUGUUAUGAUGAUUCGUUGACGCCUUUCUUGCGGGGGUCAUGAUAGACACCAGAUACAGUCGUUGACACUCUUGGACGUGUGUAGUCGAGUCCGAAUUUUACAGAGAGCGGAGUGAUUUGGUAGGCACUACAAAGUGAGCAAGGUGCUCGCGUUUCAGUGACAGAUCUUGCUAUGUUUUCUAUUCAGCCAGACUGAGGAGCGCCUCCCUUCGCUUGAGACCCGAUCCUUAAAUGACCCAUUGCUGAAGGCAUUGUGAUCUAUUGCCCAGAUCAUGGCAUGUGGCUCAUUCCAUAUUUCUGCAAGCGCGGCGCUGACGAUCAGUAGAGAAAAUGGGGAUCAGGUCCAGAAAUGUUGGUAACGGUUCGGAAGAACAGCGAGAGAAGAAGGCAGGCUUGCCCGGGGACUUGGACCAAGGGGCUGGGGCAGAUAAAGAUGGAGCCCUACUGCUUGUGGGACCUGGCAGAGACGAUUUCAAAAGAGGGUCUCAGAGUAUUGGACUCUUAGCUAAAACUCCCCUGGGCUACACGAGACCCGUAAAGAGGAAUAACAUCAGAAAACGAAGAAUUCAGAAUCUGAUAUACGACGCGCUCGAGAGACCCAGAGGAUGGGCGCUUCUGUACCACGCAUUUGUAUUUUUGGUUGUGCUGGGGUGUUUGAUUCUGGCCAUAUUAACCACUUUCAAAGAACUUGAAAAAGUGUCAGCUCACUGGCUUGUGAUAUUGGAAACCUUCACGAUAUUCAUCUUCGGGGCAGAGUUUGGAUUAAGAAUAUGGGCUGCUGGCUGCUGCUGCCGGUACAAAGGAUGGAGGGGGCGCCUCAAGUUCGCCCGGAAGCCCCUCUGCAUUUUAGACAUCUUUGUGCUGAUCGCCUCGGUGCCGGUGGUGGCGGUGCGGAACCAGGGCAAUGUGCUGGCCACCUCGCUGCGCAGCCUGCGCUUCCUGCAGAUCCUGCGCAUGUUGCGCAUGGACCGGCGUGGCGGCACCUGGAAGCUGCUGGGCUCGGCCAUCUACGCCCACAGCAAGGAGCUCAUCACUGCCUGGUACAUCGGCUUCCUGUCCCUGAUCCUGGCCUCCUUCCUGGUGUACCUGGUGGAGAAAGACGACAUCUCCGUGGAGGUGGGGGAAGGCGAGAACCCCACGGGCCAGCCCACGCCCCAGGACUUUGACACUUACGCCGACGCCCUGUGGUGGGGCCUGAUUACUCUGACUACCAUUGGCUACGGGGACAAGACCCCGAAAACCUGGGCUGGCCGGCUUCUAGCUGGCACCUUCGCCCUCAUCGGAGUGUCCUUCUUUGCACUGCCAGCAGGUAUUCUAGGCUCAGGGCUGGCUUUGAAGGUCCAGGAGCAGCACAGGCAGAAGCACUUUGAGAAGCGCAGGCACCCUGCAGCCGGGCUCAUUCAGGCGGCAUGGCGAUAUUAUGCCACCAAUCCCAUGAGGGAGGACCUCAUUGCCACCUGGAGAUUCUACGAGACUGUCAUCUCGCUUCCCUGCUUCAGGAAGGAUCAUUUGGAAGGAAUGGCAAGCCAAAAGCUGAGCCUUCUGGAACGUGUGCGCCUCCCCAACCCCCGCGCCACUGCUGUGAAGGGCAAGGUUCUGGUCCCCGUGAACCCGGACUCCAUCCAGGAGAGCCCCACCAAGGAGCCUAAACCGGCCGGCUUCAGCAACCGCGAGAGGUUCCGCACGGCGUUCCGCAUGAAGGCCUACGCCCUCCGCCAGAGCUCCGAAGAUGCUGGGGCUUUGCCUGACCCCACAUGCGAGGAGAGGGGUUUUCCCCCUGACAUCCUAUUGGAGGAGAUGAUUCCCACUUUGAAGCUGGUCAUUCGGGCUGUCAGGAUCAUGAAAUUCCUCCUGAACAAAAAGCGAUUCAAGGAGACUUUGAGGCCUUACGACGUCAAGGAUGUGAUUGAGCAGUACUCUGCGGGGCACCUGGACAUGCUCUGCAGAAUCAAAUACCUCCAGACAAGAAUAGAUAUGAUCCUGGCCCCUGGUCCGCCCUUAACCCCAAAACACAAGAAGACCCAGAAGACACCUUUCGCCUAUCCACCCCAACAGUCUCCCAGGCAUGAGCCCUAUUUAGCCAAAGCAUCCAUGCCGGAGGCUGAAGACCAAAGCAUGAUGGGAAGAUUUGUGCGGGUUGAGAGACAGGUGGAGGACAUGGAGAAGAAGCUGGACUUCCUGGUGGACAUGCACAUGCAGCACAUGGAGCACCUCACGGUGGACUCCGCCGGCGCCGCGCGGAUGACCAUGGAGCCCUGCGACCCGGGCGCCACCGACGCGGAGAUCCGCCGGGUCUUCUUCAACUACGCCGAGGCCUGCCCCCACAUGUCCUACCAGGUCCCUGUCAGCAAGGUGGUGCCCUUCUACAGCUGCCGGCACGAGCCCUCCGGCAACGGCCUCCUCGGGGGCCAUGUCACGCCCACCUACAUGGAGCGGCCCACCGUGCUGCCCAUCAGCUCACUCCUGGACACCCGUGGGGGCUCCGAGGGAGAGGCCCAGAGCCCCUACCAAGACCUGGCCUCCGAGGGCCAAGGGCGGACCAUGGGGCGGGACUCGGACACGCCCCUCUCGCUGCUCUCCGUCAACCAUGAGGAGCUGGAGCGCUCGCCCAGCGGCUUCAGCAUCUCCCAGGAGCGGGACGAUUUGACUUUUGGCACAGCGGGUGCCGGGAACUCCAGCUGGAUGAAGGAGAAGCGCUACCUGGCAGAGGGAGAGACAGACACGGACACGGACCCCUUCACCCCCAGCGGACCCCUCCCUUUGUCCUCCACGGGUGAGGGUUUCCCUGACUCUGGGUGGAACACACCCCCUUAACGCCACCAGGGUGGGCGUCACAGAUGGGCGAGCUGCC